AUGGCGACAGCAACAGAGCCGCAGCAGCUCAGCAGCGCCGUUGUAUCGUUUACUUUGGACGGGAACUUCCCCGAAGAUGCAGCCGCACUACAAGCCGUUUCAGGGACUGAUCUUGGCCCUACGAUUGCAGCUCUGGAUAAAGCCAAAGUGGAUAUUGAGGCCGAAAUACAUACCAUCAACGAAGAGACGAAAGAUGACAUUAGCUCGUGGGUUAGAAACUCAAAAGUCUUACAGGAGGACAUCAUUCGAUCGAAAACCAUCGCCAAUGAGAUCAUCCUCCAAUCAGAGGCCCCUGAAGUAACGGGAGAAGCAAUCCAAGACGCAGAAGAGAAAGCCGAAUUUCUAAACCGAGAGGUCCAAUACAGCCAGCAGAUGCACAGCGUCUUGCGACGGAUCCAACAUGUGAACCAGCUCCUCACGGACGUCGAGCAGGCAAGUCGGGAAAGGCGCGUUCUGGAUUCGCUGCGGCUGCUUGAGAAAUCUUGGACAGCUCUUGACGGCAUGGGGAUCAGCAAGACAACCCGAGUCAUGAAGCUGUUGGAUUUGAGAGCAUUUGAGCUGAAAUCUGACAUUCAUCAAGUAUUUGACCAUGUCUGGAAGACCCUUGUGCAGAUUGAUACCGACUCUGGCAAAGUUGCCAUUUACAAUACGCGCGAAGAUGAAAAAAUGAGUCUGGAAGAUGCUGCUAUUGGCUUACAAGCUUAUAAAGAGGUUGACGAGAGAAUGGAGCAGCUGUGGCACAAUUUGGAUACAGCAGUGGUAUCACCACGCAUGGAUACUAUGAGAUCAAACAUCCCGGGCAUCAAAGUAGAAGGAGACGUGCUGGAGCUUGCGGGGUCUGCCGAUGGCUCAGUAGAGUCUCUUUUGUCUGAUCUCGAGCGGAUUCUGACAUUUAUUUCUCAGAAAUUACCUGCAGAUUUACUGCAACCCUUGGUAAAUGUUAUGAUGAACGACAUCGUAUCCAAACUGACCCGAGAAUGGCUGAACCCUGCUGUUCCUUCAGGACUCAGGGACUUGGAUCAGUUCCAGGCCUUGGUCUCAAAAUUGAAAUACUUUUGCGAGGAGUUACAACGUAGUGGUUACACUGGCCUUGAACAGAUUCAAGACUGGGCCAGUAAAGCACCUACAAUAUGGCUUGAAAAAUGCAGAGAGACUUCCCUCAACAGCGUCCGACUUAAUCUUACAAGCGGCAUUGGACAGUCAAAGCGGGUUGAAAAGAUUGAAAGACAGAUGGUUUCCAUAGCUGAGGGUAAGGAGUUAUCUAGAACGGGAGCCGGAGCUGUUGCUGAUACAAACGACUGGGGCGAGGACUGGGGAGAAGCUUGGGAUAAUGACAAGGCGAACGACCAGAAUGAUGCGCCUGGCGGAGGCGAUGACGAAAUGACAGAUGCCUGGGGGUGGGAUGAUAACGAGGACACGAAUAAAGAUGCGAGCAAGGAAAAAGAAGAAGAGCCGGCGCAAACAGCAGCUACCGAAGCAGAGGAUGGAGAUGACGGUGCUGAUGCAUGGGGUUGGGGGGAUAACGAGGAUGCAAACGAAGAUGCGAACCAGAUAGCAGAAGCUAAGAAUCCUGCUAAAACACCAGACGAGGAUGAUGGCGCCGAUGCCUGGGGCUGGGGUGAUGAUGGCGACACUGCUGCUCCUGUAGCUCCCGCUCCGGCACCUACGUCAACAACUCACAAGGCGAGACCAAGCCUGAAAGCUAGAGAGCAAACACGAGAACUGGUCUUCAAAGAGACAUACAGCAUUUCAUCAAUGCCCGAACCCGUUCUUGAACUGAUAUUCUCCGUCCUGGAAGACGCAGCGGCUCUAACAAAGGACAGUGAUGAAUACAGUCUGCUAACCGUGACGGCACCUGGCUUGUUCAGCUUGCCUACAUUCAUAUUGGCACUAUUCCGAGCCAUUUCACCUCACUACUACUCGUCAGACGCUGGAGGCAACAUGUUCCUAUACAACGAUGCCAUGUAUCUAGCGGAGAAACUAUCUGAUUUUUCACUGACCUGGAAACAACGCGAGGAGCUAACGCCUCGUGCACGGAGCAUGCUUCGUAUCGACAAUGAUGUCAGGACACUCAAAAGCUUUGCGAACCGCAGCUACGCAAAUGAAAUGAGCCUCCAGAAGACGAUAUUGCACGACCUUCUUGGAGGUUUGCAGAGCCUAGCGCAGCAAGACGACAAAGAUUCUUCGAUCGAGGCUGGAACAGCACGAAUUCGAAACGUUGCUGCGAUCUGGGAGCCGAUUUUGAAGAGAUCUGUGUGGUCUCAGGCUGUCGGGUCACUCGCAGACUCACUUGCGUCGCGAAUUAUCUCAGACGUGCUAGAGAUGUCUUCUAUUGGACAAGAGGAGGCCUUUAGCAUUGCCCAGCUCAUUGCCACGGCAACAGAGCUUGACGACUUAUUUAUACCCAGCAAGCUGGCUGGUACUGCACCAGUGCCAGACGAAAUGCCAACAACAGCUCAAUAUGCGCCAAACUGGUUGCGUCUCAAGUAUCUCGGCGAAGUGCUGCAGAGUAACCUCAAUGAAGUCAAAUAUUUAUGGUGUGACAGCGAGCUGAGCCUGUAUUUCACGGUGGACGAGGUAAUUGAUCUGAUUCAUGCCAGCUUUGAGGACAAUGCGAGAACGAGGGGAACAAUCAAGGAGAUUAGAGCCAAAGAGCCGUUAGCUAGAUGA